AUGAAUAUCAACGAUCUUUUUGGAACUGUUUUUCCUCUUAAUGGGAAUGGUCCACUACCGACUGUGACAACCUCAGUGGAAAAUUCAGCUGUACCUCCACCGACUGCAUUUCACAUACAACCUGACGAAUUGGAGCAUCGACCAAUUACACGCGAAGUCAUGUCGGAAUACCUGUCAACACGCCAACAUCGUAAAGUGACUAUUUUUCAUGCUAAGGUUGCUCAAAAAUCUUAUGGAAACGAAAAACGAUUUUUUUGUCCUCCACCUUGUGUUUAUCUCUCUGGUCAUGGCUGGACUAAUAAUCUUGACAAAACUUGUUCGUCCGCAACAUCCUCGACGACAACGACUUUUCCUGAAGAAGAACACUUCCAUGCAACGAUCGGCAUUGGUGAACCAUUAUUUUCCAAUGGCCAUGAACAUUGUUUAUCGAAUGAAAUGCAGAAUCUCGUAUUUGAAAAUGGCAAAACUCACUUUGGUUCAGCAAAAACACUUUUCAUAUCCGAUUCGGAUAAACGUAAAUAUAUCAAUUUGAACAUCAAACUUUUCCUUACAAAUCAUCAUCAUGCAUAUAUUGGAUUGUUUGAAAGUCGAAAAAUCAAAGUGAUCUCAAAGCCAUCGAAGAAGAAACAAUCAGUAAAGAAUGCGGAAUCAGUCUGUAUUCAAUCAGGAACAAAUAUUGCUCUGUUCAAUCGUCUUCGAAGUCAAAAUGUGAGUACGAGAUUUUUACAUGUCGAUGAAAAUCAACAAUUUCAUGCAAGUGCGCAUGAAUGGGGAUCAUUUUAUAUUCAUUUGGUUGAUACGGAUGAAUCAUACGUUGAAUCGAAUGAAUUUUCUGUCAAGGAUGGCUUUAUUCAAUAUGGUUCCACUGUUAAACUUGUUUGUUCAGUAACGAAUCAAUCAUUGCCUUAUUUGAUCAUUCGUAAAGUCGAUAAAAAUUGUGUGUUGAUUGAUUCCGAUGAACCUGUCUCACAGUUACAUAAAUGUGCAUUUGAAUUCAAACACAAUCCGUCAAAUUUUGUCUAUCUGUCUCUCUUGAACGAACGUAUUAUUGGAAUAGCGAGUAAACCAGAUACGGCUGAGCAUUCCCGUAUUGAAAUCAAUGAUUCAGCUUGUUGGACUAUCAUCUCAACUGAUAAAGCCGAAUACACAUGGUUCGAGUCUAGAGGGCCUGUGGUACAUCCCAUAACACCUGUUCCAAUGGGAAAACAGAUAACUAUCGAUGGCGGUGGUGAAACAGCAACGAUUGAAAUAACGGGAGAGAAUUUCACGCCUGGUUUAUCCGUAUGGUUUGGUGAAACAGAAUCACCAUCGACUGAGUAUCGAUCGACUCAGGUAAUUGUUGCUGAAGUACCACGGUUUUCAUCGAUCAUGCAAAAUACGUCAUGGGUCCAACGAUCUGUUUCAGUACCUAUCUCAUUCGUGCGUCGCGAUGGUAUCAUUUAUCUGACACCAUUGAUAUUUACCUACACACCAGAAUCAGCGGCUAACUAA